AUGUGGGAAGAAUCAUACAAAGUCAAAAAUAUUAUUAUCAAUGGUAAAGGUAGAGCCUUCUGUGCUGGUGGUGAUGUAAAAGAUGUUAUUGAAAUGGUAAAAGAUCCAAGCAAACACGAAAGGCUGGCUCAUCAAAUAGAUACAGAAUAUAAUAUGAUUCAUUUUAUGGGCACUAUGAAAACACCCUAUAUAGCAAUUAUGGAUGGAAUUACAAUGGGUGCAGGUGGUGGAAUAGUAUGCCCUGCCCCUUUUAGAAUUGCUACAGAAAAUACACAAUUUGCUAUGCCUGAAACAUCUAUCGGCUUAUUCUGUGAUGUAGGCGCUAGUUUCUUUUUGUCUCGAUUAGAUGGUUAUUUAGGCACUUAUAUGGGACUAACAAGUAGGGUUGUAAAAGCAGAAGAUGCAUUGUUUGCUGGUAUUGCUACUCAUUUUGUUCCCUCUGAAAGACUUGAGGCUUUAGAAGCUCAACUUGCAAAAUUAGAUAACAAAUAUGAUCAUGAAGCCGUUCAUCGUACGAUAGAAGCAUUUGCAGUCAACAAGGAUCAUGUACCCGAGACUUAUACCUUACACGGUGAACAUCAGCAUAUCAUAAAUCAAUGUUUUAAAUACGAAACUGUAGAAGAAAUCAUCAGGGCUUUAAAAGAGAAUGGAUCUAAAUUUGCUAUAGACACAAUAGAUACCAUCUUGAAAAGGUCUCCUACAAGUGUCAAGGUAACAUUAGAACAUCUUUGUCGAGGAUCCAAACUAUCUUGGAUGAAUUGUCUUCGAAUGGAGUUACAGUUAUGGCAAACUGUACCUUUUGCUCAUGAUUUUGUCGAAGGUGUUACCUCUCAUGUUAUCCAUAAAAGAGCUCCAAAAUGGAAUCCUCCUCGACUAGAGGAUUUGGAUCUUGAAGAAGAUAUCAGAAUCAAAUUUUUCUAUGCUAACACGAAGCGACGUUUAUUUUUUAGCAAUCAAGAAGAUUAUGACUUACAUCCUUAUAGAAGAUUUGCAUUACCUUCUGAAAAAGAGAUAUUACAGACUAAAGAUUUACAAAAUUUAAAAACUGUUCAAGAAACAGUUGAAUGGUUUGAAAAGGAUAGAAAUGGAAAGUUUGGUGUUAAACAAAAAGUGGAAGAUGUUUUAAAUAGAGCAGUGAAUUAG